UUCGGGCCGGCCGCGCUGCGCUCUCGCCCGUCCUGCGCCCGGGCCUCCGGGGCCCCGCGGCGGCCGCGCAAGAUGAAGCUGGCCCUGCUCCUGCCCUGGGCGUGCUGCUGCCUCUGCGGCUCGGCGCUGGCCACCGGCUUCCUCUACCCCUUCCCGGCCGCAGCCCUGCCGCAGCACGGCUACCCCGAGCCGGCCGCCGGCUCCCCGGGCAGCGGCUACGCGGGCCGCCGGCACUGGUGCCAUCACACGGUGACGCGGACGGUGUCCUGCCAGGUGCAGAACGGCUCGGAGACAGUGGUCCAGCGCGUCUACCAGAGCUGCCGGUGGCCCGGGCCCUGCGCCAACCUCGUGAGUUACAGGACUCUGAUCAGACCCACAUACAGAGUGUCCUACCGCACCGUGACGGCGCUGGAGUGGAGGUGCUGCCCUGGCUUCACCGGGAGCAACUGUGACGAGGAAUGCAUGAACUGUACCCGGCUCAGCGACAUGAGUGAGCGGCUGACCACGCUGGAGGCCAAGGUUCUCCUGCUGGAAGCUGCAGAACGGCCCUCAGGCCCAGACAACGACCUGCCGGUGCCCCAGAGCAGCCCACCGCCCUGGAACGAGGAUUUCCUCCCAGAUGCCAUCCCCCUCGCCCACCCGGGGCCCCAAAGGAGAAGACCCACAGGCCCAGCCGGGCCCCCGGGGCAGACGGGACCACCAGGGCCUGCAGGCCCCCCAGGCUCCAAAGGUGACCGGGGCCAGGCGGGAGAGAAGGGCCCAGCGGGGCCUCCGGGCCUCUUGGGGCCGCCAGGGCCCCGCGGGCUUCCUGGAGAGAUGGGGCGCCCUGGCCCCCCUGGCCCCCCUGGCCCGGCAGGCAGCCCUGGCCUCCCUCCAGGUGGCCCCCAAGGCGUCCUCUACUCCCUGCAGCCGCCCACCGACAAGGACAAUGGGGACGCGCAGCUGGCCUCUGCUGCUGUGGACACCGUGCUGGCGGGCGUCCCGGGGCCCCGGGGACCCCCAGGUCCUCCAGGUCCCCCUGGACCACUCGGUCCCCCAGGACCCCCAGGUGUGCCUGGAUCCCAGGGUCCGGCUGGAGAGCGGCCCGGGCCGGUGCCCGCGGUGGCGGGCGAGCCUGGUGGGAAGGCUGAGGAAGAGGAGAAAGCCGCCGCCGAGGGCGAGGGGGUCCAGCAGCUGCGGGAGGCCCUGAAGAUCCUGGCGGAGAGAGUCCUCAUCCUGGAGCACAUGAUUGGGAUCCACGAUCCCCUGGCGUCCCCCGAGGGGGGCUCCGGCCAGGACGCCGCCCUGAGGGCCAGCCUCAAGAUGAAGCGGGGUGGCCCACCCCCCGACGGCUCACUGGCCGCCCUGCUCAGCCCCGACCCUGGGCAGAAGAGCGCGGGCCGGGCCAGCAGCAGGCAGUAGGGCCAGCUCUCCAGGACAAGCCCGGCCCCGAGAGCCCUAGCCCAAGAGCCCCAGCCCGAGGCCUGUGCCACUGCCGGCUCCUGAGGGCACCUCCAGUGGGCCAGGGCUCCAGGUGGAUGACGAUGAGGGACACUGGCUCCUGAGGCCUGGAGACCUAGGGGACAGAUGGCGUCUCCAGGGGCAGGGUCCAGAGGGGCCCA